GGUUUGUACUGGCGACGUGCAGAACGCACACCAACACAACCACGCGCAUGAGGAGCGCGCCUGCGGGAUGGAGCGCGCGCGGCACGAUCCCAUACCCAUCCGUUUAUUUAACGGAGAAAGGGUGAAUAUACUUGUGUGAUGAAACGGAUACGGUUGUUGGUUUGCGUUUGUUGAGGCGGACGCGUUGUGCGUGGAUCAACGUGAAAGUUAUCCGCAGGAACGCGUGGGGAAGGACACGAUUUAAAGGGCCAGCAGCGCGCAAACAAGAACAUGGAGCGAUGCCCUACUGUUUUGGAUCCAGACCGGGAUAAACAGUAUUGCGAGCUGUGUGGCAAGAUGGAAAACCUUUUAAAGUGCGGUCGGUGCCGGAUCUCCUUCUACUGCAGCAAAGAACAUCAGAAACAGCACUGGAAAAAACAUAAACUCACCUGCAAAGAGGCUGGAAAGACCCAGAUUGUGGCACAAACUUCACAGCUGCAGGAGAAAGCAGCUGAUCCAACACUGUUCACCAGAAGUGAAAGCUCAGAAACUGACAGCAGCAACACAAAACACAAACCCCAAACACUAAAACUGGCCACGGAGUACAUAAUCCCAUGUAUGAACAAACAUGGCAUUUGUGUCGUGGACAACUUUCUGGGUGAAGACAUAGGAUUGUCCAUUUUAGAUGAUGUGAAAGCUCUUCAUCAGGCUGGUAAAUUCACUAACGGACAGCUGGUGAGUCAGAAAAGUGACUCUUCUAAGGACAUAAGGGGGGAUAAAAUCACUUGGAUCGAGGGGAAGGAGCCUGGAUGCGAGAAGAUCUGCUUCUUGAUGAGUCGCAUGGACGACCUGGUCAGGAAUUGCAAUGGAAAUCUGGGAAACUACACUAUAAAUGGAAGGACUAAAGCAAUGGUGGCGUGUUACCCGGCUAAAGGCACUGGAUAUGUGCGCCAUGUGGACAACCCGAAUGGCGAUGGGAGAUGCGUCACAUGCAUAUAUUACCUUAAUAAGAAUUGGGAUGCCAAGGAUCACGGAGGCAUACUGCGGAUAUUUCCAGAGGGUAAAGCUCAGUUUGCGGACAUCGAACCCAAAUUUGACCGCUUGCUUUUAUUCUGGUCCGACAGACGAAACCCUCACGAGGUCCAGCCGGCGUACGCUACAAGAUAUGCCAUUACCGUGUGGUAUUUUGAUGCUGAUGAGCGGGCGAGAGCUAAAGAGAAGUACCUAACAGGUGCUGGAGAAAAAGGAGUGAAGGUGGAGCUAAACAAGCCGUCUGAACCGAGCUAAUCAAAGUAGCAUUAAUCCGGACUUUUCCUGGUUACACACGGCGUGGAAAAAGAAGAAGAGGGAUUCGGAAAAGGCAGCGGGUGUCCGUGACGAAGCAAGAGAAGGAGAGGAGGAUUGAAUUAAUAGAGAUUUAAAACUCUGCAGAAUUCAACCCCAGUUCCUGGAAAACCAGCUAACUUUGAAUAUGACGGUUUAAUUUGACUUUUAAUAAGGUACAGUGCUCUGGAUUUCAUUCUCAUGUGACUGGAGUCACAGCGCUUCGGAGGAAGGCUUCAAAUGUUCAAAGGAGAAAUUUUGUAUUAUUUUUUUUUGCUUUUGGAUCUGGGACGAGUUUCUGCAUUUCGACCUGAUCUUCAUAAAUCAAGUUGCACAUCUAUGCAUGUUACUUCUCAUCUCCACUGGUCAGAGUGUCCGUUCGUACUGAAAUGCACCCGAUGCCAGCGAGGUAGUGGACCUUCGGCAUGUUUAUACUGGCAGAUGCAUCAUGGGAAUGUCAUCUGCAAUCCUAACUUUGUUACAUG